CAUAGCAUGACGUGGUGGAUGCGAUUGCCACCGAGCCGCCUCUUCUGCCAGCUAUCAAGGGAUCGAGUGUCAGCAUGCCAUAGCUCAUAGACGGCGUCGUCACCCUCUACUUGUACUUGACUUGAAAGCCUCGAAUUUCGCACCUCUGAACAUAUGUCUGUCACGCUACUUUCGGAGGAGACCAAAAAGACACAAAACUUGCAACUUCUUACUCUGAAACAUGGUCAAAACCGGGUCAUGGUUGGACGGCACAGGUCGUAUAAUCUCAUGCUUAACGCUGCCUCCAAACAUUUCCCAAGCAUUGCGAGUGACAUGGUCAGGUUGCAGACAAAUGAACUCGAUGUUUGCGAAGGCCACUAUGUAGACAUCACGGCUGAAAUAUGGGCCGAUGUCAUUGACUUACUUGAGGUCGUCGAGGUGACUAAGCGUGAAGUCGACGAAGAAAACAGCUCCAAAGUCACUAUCAAAGUUGUUUUUCCAUCUGGCAAGAUUCAGACUACUGAAGUCUCGACGGAAUUGCGGGUGGACAAACUUAUUGCUGAUGCUAGUCAGACAUUAAUGGGAACAUCGGGAGAGUGUCCCACUAAAAUCAGAGCACUUCACUCCAAGGAUGGGAGAUUGGGUGGGCUAGCGAUGCGUGGAAACCGGAGUAUCGGAUCGUACAGCAUCAAAGAUGGUCACUCCAUCAUUCUUCGAGUUCGAGAGCCUUCUCGUUGUAAAAAGCCAGUCAUUUAUGUAUACUCGCCCUCCGAUAUCGAUGUUUCUGUCAAGCUCUCCCUCAUUCCUGAGUGGAGCCUCUCUGUUAUCUAUCCCGUUGUUGCCACGGAAGACCAUGGACAGCGUUUAGAAUGGAAUGUCCGCACCCAUCAAGACGGAAGUCUGACGGAACAUAAUUCUGGUUUAGAUGUGUCGUACUUGUUCUGGGAGGCGGAGACGAAUUCGCAAGCAUUUCCCCAGUCGCACGCAUCCAAACCGCAACCGGUGGAUACGUUCAGUCCUAUAUCCAGCAGUCUCGAUGAUAUGGAUUCAAUCGUCAUUCCAGUGGACAAAGCAACUGUUUACCUCGAUAAAUCACUCAAGGUUUUGGGACUUCACACCGAAGCUAGAACAUCAUUCAUAACCCGUGGUAGCUACUGGCUACCAUCUAUCCUUAAGCACGAAUACAUUGCCCUCCGAUUCGUCCCUCAAGCGGCAUACGAACGCGCCGCUUCCUUAAGCAUUUCUCCGCAGCCUGACGUCGUGACUCGCGUAUUCAUGCUGUUCAGAGGUGUCUCUAAGGAGCUUUUAGCAAAUUGGUCUAACGCCCAGAUGCAAGCAGAGAAAGACGUUAUUUGGUGGGCGAAUGUAGUUGGAGUGGAUCUUGCAAGGGCCGGUGAUAUGGACUUUGUUCAGGGUGUUAGAAUGGGGCGGGAUGGAGGUUCUCAUCUGAUAUUCUAUCAGAUUACUCAACUUUGUGUAGGCGGUAUCAACAAUCCUCUCCCGUACCUGUUCCUUGAGGUAUGGAGACAUGAUAUCAUAGAAUACUGAUGCUGACAGGUCACCCGGCAAACACAUAUUUGAGAAGUUUUUUUGUGGGUACAAAUAUAUGCAAACU